AAAAUAUUCCAACUUGACUUAAAAAUAAAAAAUCAAAAAUUUGCGUCAACAGCCAAUUGGGUGUUGCAUCAACCAUAACCCCACCUCCAUUUCCAGCUAUUUGCCUCCCUUAAAGCUUUUCUCUAAGUCACUCUCUUUUUUCUUCUUUCUUCUUCUUCAUCUUUAUCUUCUCUUCUUAGACUCUUCAAAGAACAAAUUGUUCUUGAUUUUCUCUCUUUCUCUGGUCAGCCGCCUCUUUUACAGGUAUUGCAAUAUGGUUUAGCUUAUUUUUCAAUGUUUCCCCCCAGUAGUCUGACCUUUUGGGGUUUCUUCAUCUCAGCUUAGCUCCCGCGGCAGACAACUCAGACUGUGGGUGUAAACGACAGUCAUUAGUCUUCGAUCUUCAUCCAUUACCUAUGUAAAUUGGCAUUUUUCACUGCAACAAGCUGCAGAUCUUGGCUCUUUAAUGAUUUGCUAAAAAGAGGGGGCAUUGCGCUCUAGUGAGAGACCUUCUAUUCAAUUUCAGUUGUAGCUGUCCUGCUGUAUAUCUCCAUUGACCUUGCCAGUAGCUGAUUUUGUACUGGUGUUUUUGGUUCUUUUAAAUUGUUAUUGUGAGUAUAUGUGGAGUUUUGGGGACUGUUGUGGUUUGUAAAUUCAUUCUUUGAUUUAAAAUGAGUGUAUGAAAAAACAAUCAAUUACUAGUAGCGGUCACCAGGUAUGGGUAGCCAUUGUACAUUAAAAAUUCUGAUAUGCAUCAUAUGCGUAUCUUUUUGUAUUCAAUGGCUGCAAGUGUAUGCCAUUGAUGUUUCCUCUGAGGCUGGAAGGAAACUUCUCCGGGAUGACAUAAAAGAAGAAGAAGCCACACCACCUGCAGCUCAUUUACAAAAAGACCAGAAUAGCUACCAUUAUUCAAAGUUUAUGGCCAUGGCUGCACCUGGAGUACUAAUUUUAGGCUGUUUACUUAUGUGGCCGUGCUGUCAUCCUAAGAAGAAGGAUAUUCACUCUGCUGAUUCGCAUAGGGAUUUAACUGCAAUGGACUUAUCAUCCUCCUUUGAGGCAAAUCCAGAAAAGGUUACUGCUAGUCCAUGGCGACAUGCACCACCUAGCCCCUCUCCAUCGCGAUUUCCACCAUCAAGUCCAAAUCCAUCGCGACACCCUCCACCUAGUCCUCGAUAUGCAAUGUCCCCAAGGCUCGAUAGGUUUGGAUCAGUUCAUCUUAAUUUUAGCCAGAUUGCAAAGGCUACACAUAGUUUCUCAUCAUCCUUUAAGAUUGGUGAAGGUGGUUUUGGAACCGUAUACAAGGCCCAGCUACCUAGUGGACAGUGGAUUGCUGUAAAGAGAGCUAAAAAGGAACACUUUGACUCUGCUGAAUUCAACAGUGAAGUCGAGAUCCUAUCAAAAAUUGAGCACCGCAGCCUGGUCAGGCUGCUUGGAUAUGUAGACAAGGGAAAUGAACGGCUUAUAGUUACUGAGUACGUUUCAAAUGGAAAUCUCAGAGAACAUCUGGAUGGUGUGCGGGAUAGAAUUCUGGAUUUUAAGCAGCGUCUUGAGGUUGCAAUAGACAUUGCACAUGGUUUAGCGUAUCUUCAUCUAUAUUCAGAGAAACAAAUCAUCCAUAGAGACGUGAAGUCUUCCAACAUUCUCUUGAACGAGAAUUUAAGGGCCAAAGUUGCCGAUUUUGGAUUUGCAAGAGUUGGUCCUGCUGAGGGUGAGCAGACUCAUAUUUCAACCAAGGUCAAAGGGACUGUCGGAUAUCUUGAUCCGGAGUAUAUGAAGACCUUUCAGCUCACCCCGAAAAGUGAUGUUUACUCUUAUGGGGUUUUGCUUAUAGAAAUUCUGACUGGACGUCAUCCUGUGGAACCCAAAAAACCUAUUGAAGAGAGGGUAACCAUCAAAUGGGCUUUCUUUAACUACAAUGAAGGUGAUGUGCUGAGGCUGGUUGAUCCACUAAUGAAUGAACGCGUAGAUGUAGAAAUACUCAAGAAGAUCAUUUGUUUAGCAUUUCAAUGUGCUGCACCCGGAAAAGCUGAUCGGCCAGACAUGAAAUCGGUUGGGGAACAAUUGUGGGCUAUAAGGAUGGAGUAUCAGAGGUCAAGACGAGGGUAGAUGAUGAGGGAUUUUCAUGCUUCCCUACUUCGACGUAUAAUGGUGCAUUUCCUCUUCUCGCACAUUUGUUUCAUGUUGAGAAGUAGCUUGAUCUGUAUGCUUCAACAUUUAUUGAAAUACAAGUACCAUUCAUUGGGAUGUUAUAUUACAUUAUACAAGGAAUAUGGAAAUUUGCUGCUUCAAUAGAGUCCUCUAGUGUAACUCUGAUAAUAUGUAAUAUAACAAUUACAAAGGGUGUACCUAAGCUACUCAUUUUUUGGUAUGCCUAAUGGUCAAAAUCUGUAUGUAACCCGACUUCGACAAAUAUGGUUUUUUUUGUAUACCUGAUGGUCUUUUUUUCUUUUUUUGGGGCAAACCUAAUGGUCAUAUGUAAUUUGACACAACUUCUUUAUGAAUGAUUGAAUUUUUUAUAAAACUACGUUGGUUUGUUUUUGUU